UGGAGAUCUUAGGGUUUAAAAUGCUCCCGCGCUAGCUCAGACCUUUGCCUUGUCACUGAUUUGCUGUUGAUGAAACCACUAUUUUUCUUGCCGGGAAUAGGAUAUGAAGUUUAUAGUCCGAGCUGAGGUACUUGGAGCGGUUAUCAGUACAUCUUUAGAGGGGAAACAAUUGUCUGGCUAGGUGCAAGGCUUGUUGGAAUGCUGAUCGAAUAAAGGUUCUAUGAAUUUUGGAAAUGUACUGAUGUUGGGAGUAUGCUGCUGAGAAUUUGCCUUGUCUUUGCAUUGUGAAUUUUCGGAGAAUGAGUUAGAAUGAGUCCCUGAGAUCUUUCAGCCAUAUGGAUCUGCUUGUCACACUCACAGCUAUAGUGUAACCCAAACAGCAGCAUUUCCAGAAAAUUACUCUUCCUAUAAAAAUCACUUGAGAAAUAAAAUUAAUCCAAAAUUCAGCGACCUGCAUCAGGGGGCGAUUUGCCCCAAACAGCUGAGAGCUAUUUUACUGUAGCUCAAAGAGUGAAUUCCUCCAGCGCAAUGAUGAUGGGGGAGGAUGUUGAGGGUGGGAGCCUGGGUUCGUACCAAGACAGGCCAAGGACUUUCCCCAAUAUGCGUAACAAAGCUUAUACUCCACUGAUCUUUCGGAUUCUUAUGGGGAUUAAUGUUCGUGUUCUAUUUAUACUUUUGUUAUUGUCUUUGGGGAUGAUUUUUUACAUUGGAGCAAGCACCUCCGGAAUCAUUGUGUUUGUUUUCACAGUUUGUAUCAUCAGCUUCCUUUUGUCAAUAUAUCUUACUAAGUGGGUACUCGCAAAGGAUGAAGGACCUCCUGAAAUGGCUCAGAUAUCAGAUGCCAUUCGUGAUGGCGCUGAAGGUUUCUUCAGGACGCAGUAUGGAACUAUAUCAAAGAUGGCAAUGUUACUUGCACUACUGAUCCUUUGCAUAUACUUGUUCCGUAGUACAACUGCUGAACAGGAAGCUUCGGGUGUAGGGAGGUCGGUAACUGCAUUCGUCACUGUCACUUCCUUCCUUUUAGGCGCUCUUUGUUCAGGUGCUGCCGGUUACGUUGGAAUGUGGGUGUCGGUUCGUGCAAAUGUUAGGGUCUCUAGUGCUGCAAGGCGGUCAGCGAGGGAGGCACUGCAGAUAGCUGUUCGCUCUGGUGGUUUUUCUGCCAUGGUGGUUGUUGGAAUGGCUGUUAUGGGAAUAGCUAUCCUUUAUGCCAUAUUCUAUGUCUGGUUGGGAGUGGAUUCUCCUGGAUCAAUGAAGGUCACAGAAUUGCCUCUUCUGCUUGUUGGAUAUGGUUUUGGAGCCUCCUUUGUUGCUCUCUUUGCCCAAUUAGGUGGCGGAAUAUACACAAAGGCUGCUGACGUUGGGGCUGACCUUGUCGGAAAAGUGGAGCGUGGAAUUCCUGAAGAUGAUCCUAGAAACCCUGCAGUCAUUGCAGAUCUGGUUGGAGAUAAUGUUGGCGAUUGUGCUGCUCGCGGUGCCGAUCUGUUUGAAAGUAUAGCAGCUGAAAUAAUUAGUGCCAUGAUACUUGGCGGGACAAUGUCUAAACGCUGCAAAAUAGAAGAUCCAUCCGGCUUCAUCUUAUUUCCGCUCGUUGUUCAUUCAUUUGAUCUGGUUAUAUCUUCAAUUGGCGUACUCUCAAUUAGGGGUACACGGAAAGGCAGUGUGAAGUCUCCUAUGGAAGAUCCGAUGGCAGUCCUUCAGAAAGGAUACUCUAUUACGAUAGUUUUGGCUGUCCUUACAUUUGGUGCGUCAACCCGUUGGAUGCUUUAUACAGAACAAGCACCUUCAGCCUGGUUUAGCUUUGCCUUGUGUGGGUUGGUUGGCAUUAUCACUGCCUACGCUUUUGUCUGGAUCAGCAAGUACUAUACUGACUACAAAUAUGAGCCUGUACGCUCAUUAGCUCUUGCUAGUUCCACAGGUCAUGGAACUAAUAUAAUUGCAGGAGUUAGUUUGGGCCUUGAAUCAACAGCACUUCCUGUUCUUAUCAUCAGUGUAGCCAUUGUUUCAGCCUUUUGGCUUGGUCAGAACUCAGGUUUGGUGGAUGAAUCAGGGAAACCUAUUGGUGGAUUGUUCGGUACAGCUGUGGCAACGAUGGGAAUGCUCAGCACUGCUGGAUAUGUUCUAACCAUGGACAUGUUUGGCCCUAUAGCUGAUAAUGCUGGUGGAAUUGUGGAGAUGAGUCAGCAGCCAGAAAGUGUUCGAGAGAUCACUGAUGUCCUAGAUGCUGUUGGAAAUACUACAAAAGCCACAACAAAAGGAUUUGCCAUUGGAUCAGCUGCACUUGCUUCUUUCCUUUUGUUUAGUGCAUAUAUGGAUGAGGUUUCUACUUUCGCCCAAGAACCUUUGACUCAGGUUGACAUUGCCAUUCCAGAAGUUUUUGUUGGAGGGUUGCUAGGGUCAAUGCUAAUUUUCUUGUUCAGUGCAUGGGCUUGCUCAGCAGUUGGUAAAACAGCCCAGGAGGUUGUUAAUGAAGUCAGAAGGCAAUUUAUUGAGAGGCCAGGAAUCAUGGAGUACAAGGAGAAGCCAGAUUAUGGUCGCUGUGUCGCAAUCGUGGCAUCUGCAUCUUUGAGAGAAAUGAUAAAACCUGGUGCUUUGGCUAUUAUAUCUCCCAUGGUAGUUGGUAUUGUGUUCCGGAUCCUGGGGUAUUGCACAGGACAACCACUUUUGGGAGCUAAAGUUGUGGCUGCAAUGCUGAUGUUUGCAACGGUGUCCGGUAUUCUCAUGGCUCUCUUCCUCAAUACAGCUGGUGGAGCGUGGGACAACGCUAAGAAGUACAUCGAGACAGGAGUUCUUGGAGGCAAAGGGAGCGAUUGUCACAAAGCUGCAGUCACAGGGGACACCGUCGGAGAUCCUUUUAAAGAUACGGCAGGGCCAUCGCUUCACGUCCUCAUAAAAAUGUUGGCGACGAUCACUCUGGUCAUGGCUCCCAUCUUUCUGUGAGAGCAAAGAGUUGUAGAGGGGGGGAAUUACUGUCUUGCAAAUACAGAGGUAGUUUGAUUUUUGAUUGGAUGUAAAUGUAGGGGGGAGCAAACCUGGGUAGGACUGACGGAUGAUCUGACUGUUAGUUUCUCCUGUUUUCGGGGAAACAACGAAUAAAGAGAUGAGGUUAGGAGAUGUCUAUCGUUUGUGCUUCUGUUUGUUUGUUCGUGGUAUGUGCUAACUUGAUGAUAUAUGUUUAGCUUGGAUGAUACAUUUUCGUGCCGAUUUCAUACUUACUCUGGCACAGGAC